UUCAGUAGACCUGGGGAAAGGGCCACAAAUCUGCAUUUUUAACAAACAACCCAGUGGCUCCAAAUGAGGUGGUCAGUGAAGUACACUUUGAGAACCAGGGAGACUGGAUAAACUCCAAGAUCUCUUCCACUUAUUUGACAAAUAAACAUUUUAGUUAAAAAAUGAGCAUAGUCAACAUAAUGAUUGUUCAGAGAAAGUUGCCUUCCGUUUCAGAAAAGAUCCAAGGCAAAAUUCUUUAAUAUGUUGACAGUUACAAUUAGAGACAAAAGUAUUGGGAUGUAGGAUGUUAGGAUAUGGAAGGGGAAGGCUUGAUUCUCAAUCUGUGUCAUAAGAGAUAAGAUUUUAAUAGCAAAACAGAAGAGACAAAUCCAGGUGGAAAUCUUUGACCAUUUUAAAGAACUCAUUCUACAUCUACCAGGGAGCAAUCUGAGGGGGACCUGGAAGAAGCUAUCUAAUUAACCUAAAGGAAAGCGCCUGUGUAAGGUUAAACACCUGUCAGGCUUUUGACCCAGGCUUAUAUAAACUUCAGCCUAAAACUAACAAAACAGGUGUGGGGGAGAGUGUUUUCUAACUCUGGCCCACUUUUAUUUUUGUUGUUGUUGUUGUUGGGGCUAAAGCACCUUUUCUGGCAAAUAUAGUGUAUGUUUGCUUAACCUUAACUUUUACUUAAAGCAUGCAACCUGAGAGUCACAUUUUAGAACUACUAUACUCUGAAAUGUUCUGCUUUCUGUAAAUACCUUUUUAAAAAGUGGUGCUCGGGUGUAAUUUACUGUCCCGUAUCCAGACUUUUUUUUUUUUUAACUUAAGUUGCAUACUGGUGUUUUAUUUGUUUCUUAAAUAUAUUAAAGUUUUAAAAAGUGGGGUUUUUUUUUCUUUGAAAACAUUAAAAACUGGCUAAUUGAGGAAUUGGUGUUCAUGGCUGUUUUGGUAGUGGACCCUACUGACACGCUUAUUUAGUUGACGAAGAACCAGCAAAUGAUUUCUAUGUUUCAGGUAUAUAAAACUUCCAAAUGGCAAUUACAUGUUGAUUGUAAGCUUGAUCCUGUUUCUAGUUCAUUUAUUCUCACUUCCUUUGAAUGGUUGCAGUCCUCCUCCUUUCUCUUGAAUCAUGAGAGAUGAAAUUGCAACAGCCGUUUUCUUUGUCACAAGAUUGGUGAAAAAACAUGAUAAACUGAGUAAACAGAAAAUAGAAGACUUUGCAGAAAAGCUGACGACAAUCUUGUUUGAAACCUACAGAAGUCACUGGCACGCCGACUGCCCUUCUAAAGGGCAAGCGUUCAGGUGUAUCAGGAUAAAUAAUAGUCAGGAUAAAGAUCCCAUUCUAGAAAGGGCUUGUGCUGAAAGUAACGUGGAUUUUUCUCACCUGGGACUUCCAAAGGAGAUGACCAUAUGGGUAGAUCCCUUUGAAGUGUGCUGUAGGUACGGUGAGAAAAAUCAUCCAUUUACAAUUGCUUCUUUUAAAGGCAGAUGGGACAAAUGGGAGCUUUCCCAACAGGUCAGCUGUGCUGUUAAUCGAGCUACAUUAGACUAUGCCUCUGGCAUUUCCUCUGAUGAAGAAAGUUGUAACAAAGAACCGCAGAUCAUUCCUAAAGUCAGCAAUCCAAAGAGUAUUUAUCAGGUUGAAAACUUUAAACAGUCCUUUCAAUCUUGGUUCCAUGUCUCCCGCAAAAAGAAUAUGGCAGAUGGCCGUAUGGGCCUCCUAGGAAAUGCUUAUGCAUUGCAUAAAAAUCAUAAGCGUCAGAGGCCUGCUGCUAUCUACCGGGUAGACAGGUACCACUGGGUCAACACUAACCGAUAAUGCAGUGGUCGGGCACUUGUGGGAUAGAGCUCAGAGGAGCGGCUUCAUUUUCUCUAUAACAAAAGGGAGUCUAAAAUUGAGAGGCCCAU